CGGUUUGUUCUCCCUCCCAGCACAGCGGCCCCGACUCUCUUCCAGACCUGCGUCUGGAUGGGAAGAUAAAAGGAUGGAGGAGCAGUGGUGGAAAGGGGAGCUGGCAGCAGACAUCCACCAGACCCUGAGGACGAAGGAACUUAAGUUGCCUAUGUAUAAGGCUCAUUCGCCGCAGAUUGGGAUGCGCCGAUACUUCAUUGAUCUCUUGACUGUCCUCAGCAACCAUUUCAAUCUCUGCCCUACGGCCCGGCAUCUCGCUAUCUAUUUAUUGGAUCUCUUUAUGGAUCGCUAUGAUAUCACUGUCAAGCAACUGCACAUCAUUUCAUUUGCCUGUCUUCUCCUAGCAAGUAAAUUUGAAGAAAAAGAAGAUAAAGUUCCAAAGCUGGAGCACUUAAAUAACCUGGCAUGCAUGUGCAAUGUGAAUGUGGUAUUGAACAAGAAAGACUUGCUUAGAAUGGAAAUGCUGCUUUUGGAAAACUUCAACUGGAACCUCUGUCUCCCAACACCAGCACACUACAUUGACUACUACCUCUAUGUGUCUGUUGGCGAGAAUGACCUUCACAAUGGCUGGCCAAUCACCUCACUGACCAAAAUCAAAGCUUUUCUGGAGAAAUAUGCGUAUUAUUUCCUUGAUUUCUCAGUGCAAGAUCACACUUUCCUCCAUUUUCGUCCAUCUCUGAUUGCUGCAGCUUGUGUGUGCACCUCACGUAUCUGUAUGCAAAUUUCUCCUGCUUGGACAACACAGCUUGAAUUGCUAACAUGUUAUUCCUGGGAACAUCUUGCCCAAUGCAUUGAAAUGAUGCUCAUAUAUUAUGAGAAUGACAUCAAAGAAGCCAGUAACAUGAAAAAGCAAGUAACAACUCAACAUCAAGAACAGGAAGCAGUGGGAAAUCUGAGCCAUCAAGCCGCUACUCAAGUUCUCUUCCAGCAAUCUAGUCAUCACCCUUUAGCCCAGCAUUCAGCUACGCUUUCCCAGUUCCAGUCGCCAGUGCAAGAUUUGUGCUCUGCUUAUCGUGAGUCCUUACAGGCCCAGAGGCCCAGCGGUCUGCUCGCCGGGAGUGCGGAGGGCUCGCCGCACUCCUGCACAGCCCUUCAGGCCAGGCUUCGGCCAUCUGCCCAGGCUCUGCCCAUCCAAACGCCCAUUGCUGUGCAGGUGGCCUUAGGAACAGAGCCCAGACACUGCAUUUCCUCGGCAUAUGGCAGUAGUUACUUCAGUGGUCAUCACUCAUAUGCAGCUGGGUGUUUUGACGGAUAA